AUGUCACGCACUACACGCAUCGAUCCCAAUGUAAAACGCUCACAGACCGAGGAUUGGUUCCCCAAAUCUCCCGACGGUGCAUACACUGGCGAGAAAGUGCCGUUUCCAAACCGCCGGCGUGGACCAUCCACCACCACGAUCGUCUUACUGCUGCUCCUUGUGCUUGCCGCUGGCGUGUUAGUGUGGAAGCACGAGCAAGCAGUUGAUCUGGCCGCUGAGAACUAUCAGAAGUAUACAGGCCAGGAUCUCAAGAAGACGGAUCUGUACAAGGUGAUAGAAAAGGCACAGAAGAUCAAGUGGAAGAGGUCGGAGCUAUGA